GCAUCUACGCAGGGACAUGCGAGAGCCUCAUGGCGCUCUCCUUCAGAAGGUCGCGUAGGCCUCGGUAGCCACCCCCGCUGGAGCGCCGAUGCAGGACAGAUGCAUACGCCCCGCUUUGACAUGGCACAGUCACCAAUGAGGAGGCAGCCUGCCGAUGGUAUACCGUCACCGGCGCCGAUGCCACACUCGUUCACGAUCUGCCGUUCCUCGGGUUCCCUCACAAGCUCCAACCCGUCCUUUUACAUGCCCCACAGUGCCAUGGGCGGAGGAGGUUUUAGCCAGACUGCGGUGCCUGCUGCGGCCUACAUUGUCGAUUUGGCCGACCCUGUGGACCAACUAUUAGGCAACGCCCUGCGCAUGCUGGAUGCUGCAGCGUCCUCCAAACUGGUGUUGCGCCGGCUUUCCCCUGGAAGGUACGAGAUCGACGGCCGUCGGGUGACGUUGCGUUGGGAGCAAGGAGGAGCUGGCCUAGUCGUCAUCGAAGAUGAGGUCUUAGACGCCAGAGGUUCGUCCAUGCCGUUGCCGGCCUACCUGAAGUCAGCUGGAAAUGUUGCCGCGUCGCUGAGUGGUCAGCGCGCAGACAUGCCAAAGAUCGCCCGGGUGCCAAAGAGCCAGCGGCUGACCUUUGACGACGAAGCGCCAGCAGAGCAGAAUCUCGCGGCGCAGAUUGAAAAGCUAGGAAGCGAGCGCUGUGAAUCGAUGCGUUUGGCUGUCGAGCAGGCUCGUUUGCGUGAAGAGGCCGCUGAGGCGUACGAGAAGCUGAAUCGUGGCCGUGUCCUGCCUCCCCCGCCGCCUCAGAUUACACCUAUGCAGUUCCGGAGCUGA